UUUUCCCGCCCUUCGACGCCCCCAAAACAUCGCGAUUAUGGCUCCCAAAUCUGAUAGUGCCGAAGCAAUCGUGCUCAACUUCGUCAAUGAGCAAAACAGGCCGUUGAAUUCUCAAAAUGUGGCCGAUUCGCUGCAAAAGUUCAACCUCAAGAAGGCGUCAAUCCAGAAAGCUCUGGAUAAUCUUGCUGAUAGCGGGCGGAUUUCGUUCAAGGAAUACGGAAAGCAGAAGAUAUACCUUGCUAGGCAGGACCAGUUCGACAUCCCAAAUGGCGAAGAGCUUAACAAGAUGAAGGAAGAAAAUGCGAAUUUGCAGGAACAGCUUCAAGAACAAAAGAAAGGAAUUAGCGAGGUUGAAGGAGAAAUAAAGGUUUUGCAGUCAAAUUUAACGCUGGAACAGAUGCGUGAAAAGGAAGCCAAACUAAGAAUGGAGGUCAAGGAAAUGGAGAGAAAGCUGGAGAAAUUGUGUGGUGGAGUUACGUUGGUGAAGCCAGAAGAUCGCAAGGUGGUUGAACAGAUGUGUGCAGAGAAAAUAGGUCAGUGGAGAAAGCGCAAAAGGAUGUUCAAAGAUCUCUGGGAUGCUAUCACUGAGAACUCGCCGAAGGAUCUCAAGGAAUUCAAGGAAGAACUUGGGUUUGAAUAUGAUGAAGAUGUUGGUGUAAGCUUGCCGUCAUUUUGUGACCUGCUGCAAAACGGUAAUAAGCGGCCAAGAGUUCGGUGAAUUUCUGUGAUGAAGUCUAUCUUAACUGAGUAUUUGAGAAGAUAGUUUCCUUGCUAUUUGACGGCAGGAUAACUUUUUGAGGAGAAAGAAGUUUCUUGAUGCUCUCAAAUUGUUUAUCCAUCUUUUGUAUCCCCCAAAUUUGUUUGACCAAUUUAUG